GGUUUCCACCAAUUGGCAUGAAGGGGUCCCACCUCCACCGAAGAUCCCAACAAGGCAACAUGCCCCCCAAGAAGCCUGAACCUAAGAAGGAAGCAGCCAAGGCAGCCCCGGCCCCAGCCCCGGCACCAGCCCCUGCCCCACCUCCUGAGCUCCCUAAGGAAACUGCCUUUGACCCCAAGAGUGUAAAGAUAGACUUCACUGCUGACCAGAUCGAAGAAUUCAAAGAGGCCUUCUCCUUGUUCGACCGGACCCAAACUGGAGAGAUGAAGAUCACAUACGGGCAGUGCGGGGACGUGCUGCGGGCCCUGGGCCAGAACCCCACCAACGCCGAGGUGCUGCGUGUCCUGGGCAAGCCCAAGCCGGAAGAGAUGAAUGCCAAGAUGCUGGACUUUGAGACGUUCCUGCCCAUCCUGCAGCACAUCUCCCGCAACAAGGAGCAGGGCACCUAUGAGGACUUCGUGGAGGGGCUGCGUGUAUUCGACAAGGAGAGCAAUGGCACGGUUAUGGGUGCCGAGCUUCGCCAUGUCCUCGCCACCCUGGGAGAGAAGAUGACUGAGGCUGAGGUGGAGCAACUGUUAGCUGGGCAAGAGGAUGCCAAUGGCUGCAUCAAUUAUGAAGCCUUUGUCAAGCACAUCAUGUCCGGGUGAAGCAGACCCCCAGGAGGAGCCAGCAGGAGAUGGAGCACAGCCUGGACCCGCCCAUCUGUCCCCUCCACUCAUAGUGCGCCUCCCUCACCUGCUUCCUGCCCUGCCCUGCCCCUGCCCUCCCUGGUCUUUGCACCCAGCCGCAUUCUCCUCCCUCUCCCAAGAUCUCUCAAGGCAAGACCGUUCCCUCAGGUGGGGCCUCCUGUGUGGAGCCCUGCAUGUGAGAAAGCCGGCUCCCAGGUGGAAGGGAAUGUUCCCAGCCUGUGCUCUGAGCCUGUUCCUCUUCACUCCCUUCCCUGAGCUCCCCUGGGCUUGGUGUCACCCUGGCA